GCCGCACCGCGGCGCCAGGCUGCUGGGUUUGAAUCUCCCGCCUCCUGCGCCCCCGGGGCGACACCUCCGCGCUCCGGUGUGGAGGGGCCGGGGCUGCAGGGGCGCCCAGGUGGUGUCGCCUGGCUCGUGGGCGGCAGAGGAACGGGUGCUGAGACGAACUCCGCGAGGCAGAGUGCUACCCCAGGGACGGUGGACCAGCCAAUUCAGACUACGGCGUUGAGGCCAAGCCCUCCGCUGUGUUGGUGUGCCAAGUCCAGAGCUUUCCCCAUUCAAUCUCUUCAACCUCCAUUGAGUGACACAGAUUUGGGAAGGGCCUCAGGUUCCAGCCAGCUUUAUGCAAACGUCAAUGAAUCCUCCUUCCACUUCCAAAUAUCACUCCAUGGAUUCCUUUGGGCAGCCUAGAGCAGAAGAUGACCAGUCCGUGGUUAGCAGAAUGCAAAAAAAAUAUUGGAGAACUAAACAGAUCUUCAUCAAAGCCACAGGAAAGAAGGAGGAUGAACAUGUGGUAGCAUCUGAUGCAGAACUGGAUGCUAAACUUGAGGUUUUUCACUCCAUUCAAGAGACAUGCACUGAACUCCUGAAGAUAGUUGAGAAAUAUCAGCUAAGACUCAAUGUUAUAUCAGAGGAAGAAAAUGAACUAGGGAUCUUUUUAAAGCUUCAAGCAGAACGAGAUACAUCACAAGCUGGCAAAAUGAUGGCUGCCACUGGCAAGGCACUCUGCUCCUCAGCCAAGCAAAGACUGGCCCUGUAUACUCCGCUGUCUCGACUUACGCAAGAAGUAACAACAUUCAGUCACAGGGCAGUCUCUGAUACCUUGAUGACGGUCAAUCGGAUGGAGCAGGCGCGCACAGAGUACAGAGGAGCUCUGCUGUGGAUGAAAGAUGUGUCCCAAGAACUGGACCCAGACACCUUAAAGCAAAUGGAAAAGUUCAGAAAAGUACAGAUCCAAGUGAGAAAUAGCAAAGCUUCUUUUGACAAGUUGAAGAUGGAUGUUUGUCAGAAAGUAGACUUGCUUGGAGCUAGUCGCUGCAAUAUGUUAUCUCAUUCUCUCACUACCUACCAGAGAACACUGCUUGGAUUCUGGGAGAAGACGGCUCGAAUGAUGUCCCAAAUCCACGGGGCCUAUGGUGGCGCCCAUCCGUGUGACUUUGUGGCCCUCAAGCAACUACAAGACACUUCAAGCAAGCUUACUGAAGACCACAAAGAACAGCAAAUAGAAAACAAUUCACUCACUGAAAAUCUCAAUAAGUUAGUUUUGUCAGACGAAGAAGUAAGCUUGGGAAGUGAAUCAGUUGCAAAAGAUGUACCUGUAGAUUCAUUGGAAGAUGACUUUGAGAAGGAAUUCUCAUUUCUGAACAAUCUCCUGAGUCCUGCUUUUUCAAGUACUAGUGAAGUCACUGGAGAACGCCAGACUGCCGUGGGGAGACUCAAUGCCAGUCUGAGGCCCCAGGAGCCUUCUGUGGGGUCUGAGCCUCUUGCUCAAUCUGCGCGAUUCCUUCCUUCACACCUCUUUGACCUUGGCCUUCAUGCCGCUGGAGCUUUCAACAGCUGGGCCUCCAAAGAGGGAUUAGAACUUCCUCUUCCACACACUGAUAACAAACCGGUGCCUUCACAGAGGCCAAAGAAAUUAACAAAAUCUCCCAACCAUGGUAACCAAGACAUGUCAGCCUGGUUCAGGCUAUUUGCAGACAUGGAUCCACUUUCAAACCCAGAUGCUAUUGGACACUCGGAUGAUGAACUUCUUAAUGCUUGACUCAAGUUGUGAUGUCUCCUCUGUGGUCUUGAAACAUCGAUUUUGCAACAUAUUGCCUUUAUGUAAAGGAGUUUAUAUUGUGAUCCACACACAAAAGCACUGUGUCUGUGAAUGUAACUCUCAUCAGGCAACUUUAGACAGAUGGUAAAGAACAGGUUUAAAUUGACUUCUCUCUUUAAUAUCUUGGAUUUGCAGCUGUGAUAAUAUGUGGGAAAUACUGGAAACCAUUUAGUUUGAGAUAGAUAACAAAACUUAUUUUGAAAUAACAGCUAGUAAGAAUUCUGUCAGUGAUUUGGGCUUAUUUCUUUGGAAAGCCUUUAAUGUAUAAGUUGCUUUGUUGGCUGUGAGAAUUCUUUAUGUGGAUUAAAGACAGCGUGUAAACCGGGUUGUGAUUUAGGCUUGGUUUUUAAAUAAAACAGUGGCAAGGAGAGUUUUCUGCUAUGGAAAAUGGCACUAGAACCAGACCAGUUUUGACUUCACCAGAAAGGCAGGAUAAGAUGUGAGAACUGUUUGCUUUAAUGAAAUCACAGAGAAACUUGGUGCUUGCUUUUUCCAUUUAGAGACGAAAAUGUAGUAUUACUUUUUUUCCUUCAUAGAAAAUCAUGGGCACACCUCAAUCCACUAUCAGAUUUUCAUGGGAAAGUAGCAGGAAGAUUUACUUGUUUAGUUCAUCCUCUGUAGAAAUAGAAACAUGUCUUUCCAUAUCACAAACCGCAAGAAUGUCCACACACACUGCAACCGUAACAUAUGGUGUGCACAUUCGUCCUGAGAGGAAGGGGAAGAUGCUCCCUAAGCAAUUGACAACAGCAUUCCUGAAAUUACCUAGCAACUUCUCUCUGAAUGGGGAAGAAAUUCUAAACAUCUUAUCCUUAUACAUAUUUGCAUACUUACACAUUUCUUGAUGUGUUUUAACACAGAAUACUUCCUGCCAGAGUUACACAAAGCUGGUCAAUAAGUGUCUUAUUUUUCUACUUUCCCCUUUAAUUGGGAGGCAUCAUCCAAAGCUCUAGUUGAUUACUAAGGAAAAGCUGUAAGCCCCUGGGAGGGUUCUGAAUGUAAGGACUAGAGGGAAGGAUAUUUAAUUCAAAUUAGUGUAAGCUAAUGAAAACAACCACUGUGUACACACCAAUCACUCAAUUCCCUGGUCUGUUUUCUUGCCCACUCUUUAGUGUUGAGGCAUUUCUCAGGUAUGUUAUUUUUGUCAUCCAGACCAUUGCAUUUCUGUAGGAAAACUUUAACUUAAUUGUUCACAGCAGUUUCAAUGUGCUCUUAGUUCUAAAGAGGCUUAUUUAUUAUUUACCAGAGAAUUGCUUC